AUGCAAGCUUAUGGUAGAAUGAAGAGAGUCACUGACCCAUUUGACGACAAAAUGAAAGCUCGUAUCAUUGGACGUGACCCGCAAGAAAACUGUUACCUCAGUAGCGGAAGCGAACAUAGUGCCCACGCCGUUGAUGAUGAUGAUGAUGAUGAUGCUUCCUGUAGCUUUUCUAAUCUCAUUUUUGGUUUUCCUGAUGACGUGGAGGAGAAUGCGUCAUCGGAGAGCGAUUCAGACUCCGACAAUGAAGAUGUGUCACCGUGUAAAGAAAUGAAUCUUGAGCAUAAAUCAACCCCUAAAACUAGCUCAAGAGGUCAAGAUUGUUCAAGUCGUAUUAAAGAGACCACCCAUCCCUUAAAUAAACGAUGUGAGACUCUUAACACAAUGUACGAUUCGACUCAUGACGUGAUUGAAGAUGUGCCAAAACCGAUCUUCUAUAGCGACGUGGAUUUAUUCCGGAAUUCGGUAUCGACUAAGACAAAAUGCGAUCGGAUAAGUUCUGGUGGACUUAAGGCAGGAAAUUACGAGUUCAUUGACGUAAUCCGAUCGGAUAAUAAUACUCGUUACGUCAUUGACCUUGAUUUUGCAGCAGAGGUCGAGAUAGCAAGGCCUACCAAUCAUUACGAGCAGUUGUUGAAGUCAUCGCCGAAUUUUUUUGUAGGUAAAAGCGAAGAGUUAAAGUGUAUAUUGAAGCAGUUGAAGCAGACUAACGUCGUGGGGUUUAAUGCUGCCGUAACGACCGUUUAG